CACACAAGUGUGGAAUGUUCCCACGGAUCCCAUUGGUCUAUCGUUACCACCGCCUCAUGAGUCCCUCUAAACCCCUCACCGUUGCUCUAGUCAUAAUCAUCAAGUCUUGUUCUUGUUCACCUUCUCCUCGUCCGUUUCGCACGCGGGACCGUCCGAUUUCCGCACAGGGUAAUACUUGCCGCACUGAACUGCCACUGAGCUCAGUCGUUCCGUCUGUAUUACGACUGUCUCACGCGCAUAAUCGACGAUCUUAUCGGACCGGUCCGAACCGAACGCACGUGUUUGAAUUCAUUUCAAUGUUCAUGUUUUUUUUUUCUAAGGAGUCAAAUACAUUGUUUUUUUUUUGAUUAAUUCUAUCAAAAUUGUCUAUAAACUUGAGAUUUAUGGGAACCUGGACGUUAAAAUCGGAGAAAGAUGGUGAGACAGAAGACGGGGAAGUAGUUGGCACAUUAAGUUGUUACAACUCGGCUGAGCUGUUAGGUCUUCCAGCUAGGAUGCCUCACAAUUACGGCCCCGAGGCACCCAUGCAGUUUCGACCCGAGCAGAGACUGACCCGAGAUGCGAUGGAAAGAUAUCUUCGAGAUCGCAAUGAUUUGGUGUUGGUUAUUCUGCAUGCUAAAGUUGCUCAAAAAUCGUAUGGUAACGAAAAGCGAUUUUUCUGUCCACCACCGUGUAUAUAUCUAUUCGGAGAUGGCUGGAGACUUAGGCAAGAGCAACUCCUCAGGGAAGGUGUUUCUGAAGGUAACUCACAGAUGAGUGCAUUCAUCGGUAUUGGAAGCACUGACCAAGAGUUACAGCCGCUUGAUCUUAAUAAUGGCAAGCAAUACUGUGCAGCUAAAACACUAUUCAUCUCAGAUUCAGACAAACGAAAACACUUUAUGCUCAUGGUAAGGAUGUUUUAUAAUGUUGGCUACGACAUUGGUACAUUCCAUAGUAAACGCAUUAAAGUGAUAUCAAAACCAUCCAAAAAGAAGCAGUCGUUAAAAAACGCAGAUUUAUGUAUUGCUAGUGGUACCAAAGUAGCGUUAUUUAAUAGACUCAGGUCGCAGACGGUUAGUACGAGGUAUUUACACGUAGAAAAAGGAAAUUUUCAUGCCAGUUCUACUCAAUGGGGUGCAUUUACUAUUCACCUACUAGACGAUGACGAAAGUGAGAGCGAAGAGUUCAAUGUUCGAGACGGAUAUGUGCAUUAUGGUAGCACAGUUAAGUUGGUGUGUAGCGUUACCGGUAUGGCAUUACCUCGACUUGUGAUCAGAAAAGUAGACAAACAGAUGGCCCUACUUGAAGCAGAUGACCCUGUUUCACAAUUACAUAAAUGCGCGUUCUAUAUGAAAGACACAGAACAUAUGUACCUGUGCUUAUCUCAGGAACGUAUCAUUCAGUUUCAGGCGACACCAUGUCCGAAAGAACCCAACAAAGAGAUGAUCAAUGAUGGCGCUUGUUGGACAAUCAUUAGCACUGAUAAGGCUGAAUACCAAUUUUAUGAGGGUAUGGGACCCGUCAAUUCACCUAUCACACCGGUUCCAAUGGUGCACAGUCUAAAUUUAAAUGGAGGUGGUGAUGUGGCCAUGUUGGAAUUGACUGGCGAAAACUUUACUCCACAUCUUCAAGUGUGGUUCGGUGAUGUCGAAUCUGAGACGAUGUACAGAUGCCAAGAAAGUAUGCUAGCUGUUGUACCUGACAUUUCGUCGUUUAGGGGAGACUGGCUAUGGGUACGACAACCCACCCAAGUGCCUGUGUCUCUAGUGAGAAAUGAUGGUAUUAUAUAUGCUACUGGUCUGACAUUUACGUAUACGCCUGAGUCAGGACCUAGAAAUCAUGUGCAAACCACCGAAGAGAUUAUGAGAGCUCCACAUACGCAUAAUAGACUACCACAGCCAAUGCACACUGAAGUAUCUUGGAAUCAAAAUCCCUGUGCUAAAGAGUACCAGUAAUCUCGGCACAACAGUUGAAAUGUUUAUUAAAAUAUAUAUUUUUGUAUGAAAAGUAUUUUAUAUUUGCUAACUUAUAUUAACAGCAAGUAUUAUGUGUAUUAUUAACUACUACUAUGUGGUCUAUAUACGCUCAAAAAUAUCGUCCUGAAUAAUAACUGUUGUGUAAACAAUACGAUGAGAUUUUGUAAUGUAUUGACACUUGUUCUCUAUAUUUGAUGGUGUACAAAUAUAAAGGCAAUUCAUUUCUCAUUGCAAACUGAAUUAUUUACUACUUAUUCACUAUUAUAUAAUAUAAAUAUGUACCUAAUCGACUGAUUUAAAAAUAUAUAUACUUACAUCAGUAUACGUCCGUCAAUACCAAAAUUAAGAUUUAACAUUUAAUUGUAAUAUUUUUAAAUUUUAUUAUUUUUAAACUGAAAAAAAUAAUUGUACUCUAAUACGAUAAUGCUAAUGCCAAAGACAACUUACAAUAUCAUUGUUAAGUAUUAAUAUAUUGUUUUAUGUAUAUUUUUUAAGUUCUUAAAGGUUGUGAUCUAUUUGUAGAACGUUUAUUUUGUUAUUCUUGUGUCAAACUUUUUUCUCUGUAUUUUUUGUUUCGAGAACAAUCUAUAAAUCUGUAUUUUUUUUAAUUUAAAUAUACUAUUAUUUAUAACAAAUAUUA